AUGACCUUCCUGCCCACCGCCCGGCCGCCGCAGUCCGCCGAGAGCCCCGGCUUCCUCCGGGGCGGCUCCCUCUGGGGCAGCCGCCGCUGGAACCUCUUCGGGGGCAGCGGCUGGAGCGGCUCCAGCCCCAGGAAGAACUUCAGCUCCCUGCGGAAAAGCUUCAGCUUUCGCCUGCGCCGGGGCCACGAGCUGCGGCGGUCGGAGUCCGGGGGGCUCCUGCGCCCCGCGCGCCUCCGCACCAAGAGCGAGGGCGACGCCAGCUCCCUGCACACCUGCCCCAGCAAGCGGGACCUGCUCUACCCGGAGCUGGCCAGGGUCGGGGGCCGGCUGCCCACCGACCCCGCACAAACGGGAGGACUCUGGAAACUCCUCACCAGCCGCUUCCGAAGGCGAGAGCGUGGCAGCGCCAGCGGCACGUGCCCCAAGGACCCCCACGGCGGUGUCGAGCCCAUCCUCCUGGGAGGGGGCCCGCUGCGGGCGCUGGAUUCGUUUGUGAACAGCCAGGAAUGGACCCUGAGCCGCUCGGUGCCUGAGCUGAAGGUGGGCAUCGUGGGGAACCUGUCCAGUGGCAAGUCAGCCCUGGUGCACCGUUACCUGACCGGCACCUACGUGCAGGAGGAGUCUCCAGAGGGUGGCCGGUUUAAGAAGGAGAUCGUGGUGGAUGGUCAGAGCUACUUGCUGCUGAUUCGAGAUGAAGGGGGCCCCCCUGAACUCCAGUUUGCUGCCUGGGUCGAUGCUGUGGUGUUUGUCUUCAGCCUGGAGGAUGAGAUCAGCUUCCAGACCGUCUACAACUACUACCUGCGGCUCUGCAGCUACCGGAACACAGCGGAGGUGCCGAUGGUGCUGGUGGGCACACAGGAUGCCAUCAGUGCCACCAACCCCCGGGUCAUCGACGACUCCCGGGCACGGAAGCUCUCCAACGACCUGAAGCGCUGCACGUACUACGAGACCUGUGCUACCUACGGCCUGAACGUGGAGAGGGUCUUCCAGGACGUGGCUCAGAAGGUGGUGGCUCUCCGGAAGAAGCAUCAGCUGUCCAUCGGCCCCUGCAAGUCCCUGCCCAACUCACCCAGCCAUUCGUCUGUCUCCGCAGCCUCCAUCCCUUCUGUCCACAUCAACCAGGCCACCAACGGUGGAGGAGCCUUCAGUGACUACUCCUCCUCUGUGCCCUCCACCCCGAGCAUCAGCCAGCGGGAGCUGCGGAUCGAGACCAUUGCUGCCUCCAACACCCCCACCCCCAUCCGCAAGCAGUCCAAGCGGCGCUCCAACAUCUUCACGUCUCGGAAGGGCGCGGACCCGGAGCGGGACAAGAAGGUGCCGGAGUGCAAAGCGGACAGUAUUGGCAGCGGGAGGGCCAUUCCCAUGAAGCAGGGCAUUCUCCUCAAACGCAGCGGCAAGUCCCUCAACAAGGAGUGGAAGAAGAAGUACGUGACGCUGUGUGACAACGGGGUCCUCACCUACCACCCCAGCCUGCACGACUACAUGCAGAAUGUCCAUGGGAAGGAGAUCGAUCUGCUGAGGACGACAGUGAAGGUCCCGGGCAAGCGUCUCCCCAGGGCCACGACGGCGGCGGCGCCCAGUGCCAGCCCCAAAGCCAACGGGCUGGCCAAGGAGAGGAGCAGCUCCCAGCUGGCAGGAAGCACAGGUGCUCCCCACUCGACCAGCAGCACGUCCUUGCACUCCGAGCGCUCCAUCAGCGGCAUCAACCUGGUGGGCUUCAGCUCCAAGCCGGACGGGAUGCACCAGCGCUCCUACUCCGUGUCCAGCGCAGACCAGUGGAACGAGGCUGUGGCCAUCCCCGGCAGCUGCCCCAACCCCUCUAAUGGUACUGCUGACUCGCUCAGCUCCAGCCCAAACAUUUCCAGCACCGCCAGCCCGAAGCUGGAGCCGCCUCCGUCACCACAUGCCAACAGGAAGAAGCAUCGCAGGAAAAAGAGCACAGGGACGACUCGGCCUGACGGUCCCAGCACAGCAGCAGAAGAACCAGAUGAGCCAUUUGAGUUCAUUAUCGUGUCGCUGACGGGCCAGACGUGGCUCUUUGAGGCCUCAACGUCAGAGGAGCGGGAGCUCUGGGUGCAGGCCAUCGAGAGCCAGAUCCUGGCCAGCCUGCAGGGCUGUGAGAGCAGCAAGAACAAGGCUCGGCUGGGCAGCCAGGGCGACGCACAGGCCAUGCAGGCCGUCCGCACCGCGCGCGGGAACAGCUUCUGCGUGGACUGCGACGCUCCGAAUCCCGACUGGGCCAGUCUGAACCUGGGUGCCCUCAUGUGCAUCGAGUGCUCCGGGAUCCAUCGCAACCUGGGCACCCACCUGUCCCGCGUGCGCUCCCUGGACCUGGACGACUGGCCCAGCGAGCUGCUCAUGGUCAUGACAGCCAUCGGCAACGCCCUGGCCAACGCUGUCUGGGAGGGAAUGGUGGAGGGCUACCCCAAGCCCACUCCUGAGAGCAGUAGGGAGGAGAAGGAGCGCUGGAUCCGGGCUAAAUACGAGCAGAAGCUCUUCCUGGCCCCACUGCCCCAGUCGGACAUCCCUCUGGGGCAGCAGCUGCUGCGGGCCGUGGUGGAGGAUGACCUGCGCCUCGUGGUGACACUCCUGGCCCACGGCACCAAGGAGGAGGUGAAUGAGACAUACGGGGACGGCGACGGGCGCACAGCGCUGCAUCUGUCCUGUGCUAUGGCCAAUGUUGUCUUCACACAGCUGCUCAUCUGGUACGGAGUGGACGUGAAGAGCCGGGACGCUCGGGGCCUGACCCCGCUGGCCUACGCCCGGCGAGCCGGCAGCCAGGAGUGCAUCGACAUCCUGCUGCAGCACGGCUGCCCCAGCGACAGCGCUGCCACGCUGACCCCCAGCCUGCCCCGCCGCAACGCCAACGCCAACAACAACGCCUGCGCCGCGGCGCCGGCCGAGCUCAGCACCAGCCCCAGCGCCGUCUAGCCCUGCCUGGGCCCUCCGCCCUCCGCACGGGGACCAGGGCCUCAGGAGCGGGAUGGGAGCAGCACAGCCGGGCCCCCCACAGUGCUUGCCCCCACCGGGACUCCCGUUCUGGCCAAGAGGAGGCCGGGAGCCAGCUGGGAGCCAGCGUCCUGCUCCUCUGAGCCGGUUCUGGUGGACUUUCCCCGUGCAGCUGGUGAGACUGUGCAGACCCGGUGCUGUCAGCUUGCAGAGGGGUUCCUGCUUAGUCACUGGGGUGGCUCCAGUGUUCCCCGUUCUCAUGACCGGUACAUGGAGGGGGAGCCGGUUUCUCCUGCCCCCCCAGGCACACCUGUAGAUAAAGCAGAGGCUGGGGGCAGUUCAGGGGUGUGGCCCCCCAUGCACAGCGGUACCGGGGAGGGGGAUGGCUGCACCCACUCUCCCAGACAGGUCAGUUUGGGCACUUGCCUCUUGCCCUCCCUCCUGUGUGUCAGCCUGGACACACAGCCCCUGCAGGGGGAGGUGGGGGGCAGCAGGAGGUGCAUGUUUCUCUGCUGCACCCCCAAGCUCCUCUGCUUCUGGCUGGUGCGGGAGAGAUGCUCUCACCGGUACCGUGUGCUGAUGCAUGGGCGGCAUCUCCCCCGCACAGCCCCUGGACAAAGAUCUCCCCAGCCUUCCUGGUGACCUGGAGGGGGAAGAGGUAGUCACCCCAGGAUCCCCAGCUGUGUCUGUCUGUCUGUAGAGUCACUGUCCUUCCAGGUUCAAGCUCCAAAGCCAUACACAGUGUCUCCAUCAGAGCCUCCCGCUGGCUCCCGCUGCUGCCCAGGCGGGGCUGGUCUCCGGCUGAGCAAGAGGAGAGGAGAGGAGCAUCUCUCUGAAUUGGGGCCAAGCCUGCAGCUGAGUGCUGGAACCCCAAGGCUUUGGACGCUGCUGUGGAACGUCUCUGUCACUUGUGUAUAAAAUGUACAUUGGAAAUAUUUAUAUGGACACUCUGUAUAUACGGUUUCUUUGCCAUGAGUUGCCCUGUGUGUGUCAUCUGCAGCCAAGGAGAUAAAGGCCAAUAAAGCAACCCACCUCCUGCCA